AUGAACCAGGCGAUUCUAGAAGGCCUCAAGAGGAGAAUCUCGGGCGCACAUGGUGCUUGGGUGGACAAGCUUCCCAACGUCCUAUGGGCAAUGCAAACGACUCCCAAAACUACCUCGGGGGAAUCUUUGUUCAGCCUAGCGUUCGGGACUGAGGUGGUCCUUCCGCCCAAGAUGUUGUUCCCGACCCUGCGCACCUCCAAUUAUGAGCAAGGAGACUCUGAGAAGGGACUCCGAGCUAACCUGGAUCUUCUUGAGGAAAGGAGAGCCAAGGCACAUCUGCGUGCCUUGGCUUACAAGAAGGCAACAACUCGGAUAUACAACCGAAAGGUUCAUUCGCGGUCGAUCAAGGUCAGGGACCUCGUCCUUCGAAUAGCAGAAGUGAGCGACCCGACUCGAGCAAGGGGAAAGCUCACACCCAACUGGGAAGGCCCCUAUUGA